ACAAGAGAAGAAGAAGAGAGGCGUCUGCUCAGGACAAGAGAAGAAGAGGAAAACUGAAUUUAAAAAAAGUGUUUCCGUCCAGUAGUUGGCGGUAGAGUAAACUUUGGACGCUGACCGCCUGUAAACACCACAGAAGAAGUACCCGUCCGUGUUGGAUCGUGUGUGAUCGGAGCAGAGAUGGACCGACACCUGGGUCUGCUGCACGAGGACCUGACACCUGAGCACGAGCCCAGAGGAGCAGCUUUGCCUUCAGACAUCCGAAAAGUGAUUGUUGGUGAGGAGGAGCAGCAGGAUUGGAUCCCCAGUCUGGACCAGGAGGACCCUGAGCCCCCACACAUUAAAGAAGAACAUGAGGAACUGUGGAGCAUUCAGGAGGAAGAGCAAUUUCAAGGACUGGAGGAGGCUGAUACCGUCAAAUUCCCCUUCACUCCUGUCUCUGUGAAGAGUGAAGAUGAUGAAGAGGAAGCUCAGUCCUCACAGCUUCAUCAGAGACAAACUGAAACAGGAGCUGAUGGAGAGGACUGUGGAGGAGCAGAACCAGAGACGGACUCAGAUCCAGAGACACAUUUACGACCUGUGAGUGAAGACUCCUCCGAGACUGAAGUCAGUGAUGGUGACUGGGAGGAGAGCCCAGAGUCAGCGUCACGUUUGAACUCUGUGAGAAACAAAGACGUCCUGUUUGAAGACAUCGACUGUAAACCUGUGGAGCGAUCUUACAGCUGCUCUGAGUGUGGUCAAAGAUUCGGUCGUAAGCCGCAUUUGAAUGCGCACAUGAGGAUUCACACGGGAGAGAAACCAUUCAGCUGCUCCUUUUGCGGUAAAAGAUUUUCUCAAAAGGGAAAUUCAAUCAGUCACAUGAGACUUCAUACAGGAGAGAAACCUUUCCUCUGCUCCGUGUGUAAGAAGACUUUCAGGUAUAGUGGAGAUGUUAGCAGACACAUGAGAACCCACACAGGAAAGAAUAAAUCCAAAUGCAACAUUACAGACAUGAUGGAAAGCAGCUUUAACACAGGACCAGAAGCAGCCACAAGCUAUGACUCAGAGACAUCCGUCCAAUCACAUCCUUAUGAUGACCCUGAGCCUGGGGUCAGUGAUGACGCUGAGACGAGAGAGCCGCAGUCAGGUGUAACCUCUGUGGAGAAUGAAGACGUCUCUGAGGGGGAUGAAAGAGUUAACCCCGACAAAGAGUCGUUCAGCUGCUCAGAGUGUGGGAGAACAUUUAGUCGCAGGGAUCAUCUGAUGAGUCACAUGAGAACACACACAGGAGAGAAACCGUUCAGCUGCCCUGUUUGUCACAAACAUUUCAGCUGCAGCGGAAACAUCCUGGCACACAUGAGAAUUCACACGGGAGAGAAACCAUUUGAAUGCUCAUUUUGUGGCAAGAGUUUCAGCCAGAAAGGAUCUUUGCAGCUUCACACCAGAAUUCACACAGGAGAGAAACCCUUCAGCUGCCCAUUUUGCAAUAAAAGGUUUGCACAUCAAAGACGAAUGACACUGCACAUGUCAGUUCACACAGAGGAGAAACGCUUCAGCUGCAGUGCUUGUGACAAAAAGUUCACCUGGUACACUCAGCUCAAGACCCACAAGUGUGUCAGGGAUCCGUCGCAGCUUCGCCAAACGGGGAAGAAAGUUCCCCCUAAGAAAACCUUCUGCUGCUCUGACUGCGGUAAAACAUUUAGCCUUAAAGGCAAUCUGAAGACACACAUGCGGAUUCACACAGGAGAGAAACCGUUUAGCUGCUCAGUGUGUGGGAAAAGUUUUAAACAAAACGUACAUCUGACGGAGCACAUGACCAUUCACACAGGAGAAAAACUCUAUAAAUGUUCUGUCUGUGGCAAAGGAUUCAAUAAGAAGUUACUCAUUAAAAACCAUCCCUGCAUUUUCCAAAUGCUGAGAGCUUUAGUGAACCAGAGACUAAGUGUGGCUGCUGCAGAGAUCUUUGAAGUGUUUGAAACAACGAUAGCAGAUUACGAGGAGCAACUGUGUCGAUCCAGAGAGGAGAGCGAGCGGAAACAGAGACUACUGGACGCUGUUCUCAGUCCUCAGCUUCGUUUACACCGAGCAGAGCGUCCUGCAGAUGUCCAGCAGCUGUUGGUGAGUAAAGCAGAGCUUCCCCCUGAGCAGCAGGAGUGGAGCACUAUUCUGGACCAGGAGGACCCUGAGCCCCCACACAUUAAAGAGGAACAUGAGGAACUGUGGAGCAGUCAGGAGGAAGAACAGCUUCAAGGACUGGAGGAGGUGAAAGAGGAGGAGGAGCAGGCUCAGUCCUCACAGCUUCAUCAGAGACAAAAUAAGGAGAUUGGAGACUCUGUGGAAGAAGCAGAACCAGCGGUGAGCUCAGAGACAGAGAGUUCUUUCCACCCAGAGACUGAGGGCCAGAGUGGAGACUCUUCAGAACAUGAGGCUGAAGACAGACUCGAACAGAAACAGGCCAAGGAAGCACAUUUAGGUCCAAACUUUUUAAACAAUGACGAGUAUGACUUUCAUGUGAAACUGUUCCGCUGCUCUCAGUGUGGCAAAUGUUUCAAUCAAAACUCAAAUCUAAAGACACACAUGAGAAUCCACACAGGAGAGAAACCUUUCUGCUGCUCUGUGUGUGGGAAAAGAUUUGCCCAGAAGGCUCAUCUGCAGAAUCAUGUGAAAUGUCACACGGGAGAAAAACCGUACGGCUGUUCACUUUGUGACAAACGUUUUUCCCGCUGUGAACACUUACAGCUUCACAUGAGAACACACACAGGGGAGAAACCCUACAGCUGCUCUGAGUGUGGUAAGACAUUCAAAAAGAAACAGAAUCUCAACAAACACAUGAAAAUUCACACAGGAGAGAAACCCUUCAGCUGCUCCAAGAGUGGUAAGAGAUUUACCCGUAAAACCAGUCUGACAGGACACAUGAUCAUUCACACUGGAGAGAAACCCUUUAGUUGUUCUGAGUGUGGUAAAAGAUUCAACAGAAAAGAUAGUCUGAAACUUCACAUUGUGCAUCACACAGGGGAGAAAGUCUUCAGCUGCUCUGAGUGUGGGAAAAGAUUUAACAAUAAGAGAUGUCUGACCAGACACAUCUUAGUUCACACAGGAGAGAAACUCUUCAGCUGCUCUUUCUGCAGUAAGCGAUUUACCCAACAAGGGCAACUGACAUCACACAUGUUGGUUCACACAGGAGAGAAACUCUUCAGUUGCUCUGAGUGCGGGAAAAGAUUUAACCAUAAGUAUAAUCUGACACUUGACAUGUCAUGUCACACAGGGGAGAAACGCUACACCUGCAGUGUUUGUGACCGAAGAUUCUUUUGGCAUUGUCAGUUAAAAAGACACGGUUGUCUUGGUGUUCAGGCUUCAGAGCUUCAUUCAAACCAGACUGAGGAGGAGCAGAACCAGAGAGGGACCCAGGUCCAGAGAGACAUUUAG